AUGGCUGCAAACAACUCUCAAAAAGUGAGCUUCCAUGCUGGUGAAUCUAAGGGCCAAGCUCAGACCAAAGCAGAUCAGAUGACAGACAAGGCAAGCAAUGCCUAUGAAUCAACCAAGGAGUCAUGCCAAGAAGCUGGUCAACAAAUGCAGGCUAAGGCACAAGGGGCCGCUGAUGCUGUCAAGGAUGCCAUCGGGAUGAACAAAUGA